AUGUCCGCGCAAAAGGACUGUGAGUUUCUAGUUAAGAGAGCCCGUGAGUUGGUCUCAGACGAUCCUUGUGCGGCCAAAGCCUGGCUUAUAACAGCGAGGACCCUGUAUCCAGCAGACUUCAACAUACAGUAUGAAAUGUAUACAAUUGAACGAAAUGCAGAGAAGACAUCUUCUGCUGGGAGGUUGCUGUAUGAUAUGUUUAUCAACUUUCCUGAGCAGCCUAUAGUUUGGCGAGAGAUCAGUGUAAUCACUGCUGCUCUACGGAGUGAUUGCCAGGACAAACACUCACUGUUUCUGCGAGGGCUGUUUGAGACUCUUCCUGCACGUGUUCAAUGUGAAAUGCUCUUAAAAGCAACAGAGCAGUGUUUCAACACACUGGAGAAAGCAGAAAUGCUGCUUCUUCUCCUAAAACGGUUCCCUGAGUCUGUCGUCCAACAUGGGGUCAAUCUGGGUCAAACGCUGUUGGAAGCAGAGGUAUCAGAGAAUGUGGAGACUCCUGUUAAUUGCUUUCGAAAACUAUUUGUUUGUGAUGUCCUCCCCUUGGUUAUCAACAAUAUGGACAUGCGUUUAUCAACAAGCCUAAUGCAAAAGUAUAUGCUGAAAGCUGCAGAGUUUUACAUCGGUUACGUUACACGAGGACCUUCACCUGAUGCUCAGAUACAAGGCACUCAGGACGGAUCUCUCAAAUCCCCUUCCAUGUCUCGUGGAUCACAGCGUUAUGUGAUUGAUGGGCUUUCAGAAAAGUCCUCUGUAGUUUCUGAACCGUGGGAGAGGCUUUUGGAUAUCCUGUCUGUUGUGGGUGCACGAUGUGAGUGGCAGGGAGACAAAGGACAGAGAAGUUAUGUGGACAUGCUGCACAGAGUCAAAGAGCUCUGCCGGUACUUGCCCGGUUUGGAAGGAGACACUCGGUUGCGGUGUUGCACUCAGCCUGCAUUGUUCCAAGGCGUUAAUGUAAUGAAUUCUGGGCCGUGGAUUCUUGUGGAGGACUUGAGCUCUGUGUAUAAUGAUAUAGAAGUGGAGAGAGGAGUUCUGAAACAUGGACACAAGAAACGAAAAGUGGCAGAUGGAAGAGAGAAAACAAUGAGUUCAGAUGAUGAAGAAGUGUUGGGAAAAGGUCGUGGGCGACACAUUGUAGUAAAUAAAGCUGAGAUGCCUGGUUGGUCAGAGACACUCGAGAGCUUCCGGACGGCAAGGGAGAGCUGGGACCUUCUUCAUUCAAACGAGAGUUUAGAAACGGAAUUUAAGAAGAUAUGUGCUGCAUGGAAAACUGAGAACUGGAUGUGGUUCAGAAUAUUCCUGACAGACACAAUAAUAUAUCAGGGGCAGUACCGUAAGGCGCUCUCAAGCCUGCACCAGAUGGCAGCAGUGCAGCUGCCUCAACCAGGGCAGCAGAGCCCCUCUGGACAGGCCAGUCUAGAGCACCAAAGGGCUCUAAUUCAACAGGCUUCCUGUCACUAUGCACUGGGAGAGUACAGAAUGGCCUGUGAUAAGCUACUGGAUGUGGUUAGUGGGUUGGUACCUCCAAAUUAUGAAUUAGCUAAAAGUUCAGACACCCCUAGUCGUUUAAAAGCCAAAUCAAGAAAAGGUAAUGACCUAAAGCUGCUGCCAUGUACCAGUAAAGCCAUCCUACCGUUUUGUUUGCAGCUGAUGCUGUCUUGUUUCAAGCUCCGGGCUUUUGCAGAUAGUCAUGAUGACCUGUCGCUUGGUCAUGUGGUCGUUCUCCUCCAGUACGACUGGCCACAAGGGGAGAGCCUGUUCCUCAAAGCAGUGGAUAAGAUCUGCCAGCAAGGCAGUUUCCAAUAUGAAAACUUCUUCAAUUAUGUCACCAAUAUUGACAUGUUAGAGGAGUUUGCAUAUCUGCGCACGCCGGAAGGAGGGCGGAUCCAACUGGAGCUGCUGCCUAAUCAGGGCAUGUUGAUCAAACAUCACACAGUCACUCGAGGAAUCACCAAAGGCGUAAAAGAAGAUUUUCGUUUGGCAAUGGAGCGCCAAGUAUCUCGCUGUGGAGAGAACCUGCUCAACGUGCUGCACCGAUUCUGCAUCAACGAGAAAAUCAUCAUCAUCCAAUCUCUUCCUUGA